UUUGCGUUUAAUUUAUUUGUGAAUAUUGUAUUUUUUAUUUUGAGUUAAUUUUCUAAAUUUCAUUAGGUAGGUUCAAUAGGUAUUAUUAUAUUAUUAUCCGGAUCAUCGUUCUCCCUUUCGUGGGUUGUGUAAUUUUUUCAUUUUUUACCUUUGUACCAUUUUAUUAUUUAGCUAAUUUUUCGAUAAAAUAUUACCUAAACUAUGCGCCGUGCACGACCAACGGUUUUCUCGCUGCGUUAAUACGUCGAAUACUUGAUGUCGAGCUCUUCUAUCCUAAAAAGUUUGACACAGACUUCAGAAAUGACAACAACACAAGGUUUCCAGUCUCAAAAAUCUUUAUCCGACUUCAAUAUAUAUUUGGAAAAAAUAUUUUCAACGGAUUCAGAUGUCUUAAAUGCUAUUAAAAAUUUAAAUGUGACCAUUAAAUAUUUGGAUGAUUUGUCUCAAAUCAAUAUUUUGAAUAAAAAUGAUGUUUUAAUCACUGAAGUUUUUGAACAGUUGGCAGUUAAGAAACCAUGUUUCAAAGUACUGGGACGACCAGCGUUAUUGGAACUCGCAUCUAGACCUACAGGUUUAAAGGGCGUUAAUCGGUAUCGUUAUUGCAAUGCUUUAGUGGGAUCUAUUGUCAGCAUAACUGGAAUUAAAAAAAGAGAUGAAAUGGCUCGUUUGUUGUGUUUAAUCCGCUGGAUGGGUGGUAGUUUUCGAGAAAAUAUUAACCACAAAACCACUUUUUUGGUCUCUGAUUACGCGUGUAGUGAUAAAUCACAGUAUGCAUUUUUACAUGAAAUUCCAGUUGUCAAUACGACUUGGCUUUACGAAGCUUGGAAGAGACGCAAUGAGAUGGGAUUUUCAGCAGCUGACUUAUCGUUUGCGUCUGAACACAAAUUAAAACCUUUCCAUGGAGCUAAAAUAGGUUUUAUAGGAUUCACAGAAGAAGAAAGAACACAUAUGGUUGAUGUUUUGCAGCAAAACGGAGGUACUCCAGUUGAUAAAAAUGAUGCAUGGUGUACCCAUUUGGUUGUAAAUGAUUCGCUAAAAGAUUAUACUCCGUUGAUAAAAAAGAACCAUGCUGAAGUAGUGAAAGAAGCUUGGUUUUGGACAUCAGUUCAAUAUCAGAGUUGUGCUUUGAUUAGAGAGUAUUAUUUAACUAAUUCGAAUGUGUUUAAUACAUCAACGUCUGCUUUGUCUUCUACGUUUACAAUGAACUCAUCAACCCGACCACGGAAGAGGAAAAGACAAACAGACAGCAUGGGUGAGCUGCAGAAAUUAAAUCAGACGGCAAAUGGUGCAAAGACUUCUUCGAUUAGCUGUUCUGAUUUAUCGAACCAACAUUUUUCAAUCGUUGAGGAUUCAACCAAGUCUCCAACAUUUUUAAAUGUUAAUAAGAGCCCUGACCCAUCUACUUUCACCUGUACCAAUGAUCCCAGUAUAACUAUUUUAAAGGACAAACCAUUCAGUCCUCGAUAUCAAGUUUUCUCUGAACUAUUGCAAACCGAAACAAACUACGUUGGGAUUUUAAAUACAAUUAUUUCUGUGUACCAAAAACCUUUAGAAGAAAUGAAUGGGAAAAAAGGUUGUAGUCUACUCGAUAACACCGAAAUCAAAAUUAUUUUUGGAAAUGUAUUACCAAUUCAUGAAAUUCAUUGUAAAAUGCUGAAAAAGUUCAAGUACCUUGCAGAAACGUGGGAAGAGGAUAGUAGCAUAGGCAGUGUCCUGCUUAAUUAUUCCAAUGACUUGAUUAAAGCUUAUCCUCCGUUUGUGAACUAUUUUGAGAAAACACGAGAGAUGCUCUUGCAGUGUGAUCAAAUGAAACCUCGUUUCCACGCUUUUUUAAAAGUUGGUCAAACCAAACCAGAAUGUUGUCGGCAAAGUCUUCUAGAUCUUCUCAUUCGACCUAUUCAAAGACUGCCUUCGAUUAGUCUUCUCUUAAAUGAUAUAUUAAAGCAUACGGAUAGAAAUAACCCUGAUCAUAAAGCUCUUGAAUUGGCUCUUCUAAGCAUAACAGAAGUAAUGACACACAUUAACGAAGACAAAAGAAGGGCUGAAGGUCAAAUUGUUCUGUUUGAUAUCUUUAAUGAGAUUGAUAAUUGUCCCGCUCAUUUGAUUUCUUCGCAUCGAAGUUUUAUUACAAAAUGUGAUGUAGUAGAACUCGGGGACAAUUUAAGUGGACGCGGUGAUAGUAUAACCAUAUUUCUGUUUUCGGAUAUGAUUGAGUUUAGCAAAAAGAGAAGAUUCUUUGAUAUGAAAAGUCCUAAAGAACUGAAUUCGAGCUUACACAAAAUCAACGGUACUAAAUUAUACAAACACAUUAAUUUGAUACCACUAAACUCCAUCAAACAAGUCAUCGAUAUAAAAGAAACUGAUGAUUGUCAUGAUGCGUUUUCAUUAUUGAUUAUCGAUAAAAAUGAUUUUCAAGAAUACUUGUAUACGUUUACUCUUACUGGGAACGGUAACAAAAAAACGUUUUUAGACAAUUUGUCUGAGCAAGUGGUCAACACCAAUUGUUCGGGUAAUAUUUUGAUUUCUUUGGAUUGUAAACAACUGGAUAUUGAUACAAGUGCGAUUUCGACGACGGGUACACUGAGAAAAGCGUUCAGAUUUGCAAACAAAACUCGAAUGAGAUUUGGUCGGGCGCUUAGUAUUAAUAAGACGCCCAAUAAGCUUAAACAAACCGUGUCGACAAUGAUAAGUCCUAUGAUGAACUUGACGAAUAACGAGAUUGGUGCAAAGAAGUCAUUAACGCCCUCUACACUAUUGUCCAACCUGGACUUGACAUCUUGCAAUAACCUCAGCUUUAGUUUUUUGAAUGAACACAAUGCCAAAAGUAAUUCACUAAAUAAAAUUAAAAAAACUGUCAAACGUAAUUCAAUGUCGCACACUGCUCGUUAGCUUUAUGCAGUUUCACUUCAAUAUGAUUAUUACACAUGUUUUCAGACUAUUUUCUUUUCUUCCUUCAUUUUUUGUGUUACUUUAAUAAGUGCUCUUUUUACUACAUAGAUAAAUAAUAAAAUGUUAAAAACAAUUUUUCUUUUAUAUUUUAUAUUUGAUAUAAUAAGAUAUUUUUAAACAUUUUUCAAUAAAUUCUUGUUUUGUUAUUUC